UGCAUAACUUAUGUGUACAUGGAUUAUUCAACUUCUCUUUCAUAGCACGGUAUCGUCAUGCAACGAGCAGGACCGCUCCCUGGCUUGCGGUCAGUCCCUUCGGUGCCAUCCUUCUUCCUUUACAGACGACCUUCAAAUUUUGGCCUUCGAGCUUGUACCUCUGGCAAGAAUAUGCCGUCAAAGAGACAGAAAUUACAACACGGUGGCUCUGGCGUCGGUACAGCGGCAUCAUUGCCUCGCCAUCCGCAGUCGUCCGUAGGGGGCCCAGCGGCCGCCGAGGAGGAAGAGGGGAAGGCCGCUAGCACAAGCGCGACCACGAGCAGAGGAACCUUCCGCUUUUGGCAUGAAGAGCGGCGGUUUAAAGGCAACGGAGAGCGCUGCAUCGUCCAGCGGGCCCUCUUUGAGCAAGGUGGCGUCCGCAUCGGCGGUUACCCCAAAUCCUCUCCCAUUCCCGGCCCCUUGGGGUGGCAGCGCCCGGGCGACUGGGACUUCCUGUGGGCCCCCGCCCGGCUGGCCCUCAAGGCCGUGCCACACCUCAAACCCGGGCAGCUCGUAUCAGCGUGCCCCGGCCUCAUGAGCAUUACAAAGAAGCGGCGGCUGCCAGCCACGCUCAAGGAGGCCCUGGGUGCGGACCUGGCCUGGGAGAUUGUGCCCCGCUCCUUCAGCCUCCCGGAGGAGCUCCCGCAGCUCGCAGCGCACGUGGCAGCUGCGGCAGCCGCCCCUGCCGGUGCUGCGGAGGGUGCUGGUGCUGCGGAGGGUACGGCAGGUGCUGAUUCCAGUGGGGCAGCAGCAGCAGCAGGGACCCCCGGCGCCACGCCGUCGUCGUCCUCCUCGUUACCCACAGCAGCAGCAGCGGUGGAGUCAGGGCAGCAGCAGCAGCAGCAGGCAUCCUCGGGUGCGGGUAGCGGUCCGGGCGGUGACGUGUCUGGCACGGCAGCUGCAUCAGGGUUGGAUCAGCAGCAGGAGCAGGGCGAACCGCAGCAGCAGGAGCAGCGGCAGCAGCCCCAAGGGGCCGAGGGGGCUCUGCAGCAGUUGUGGAUCUUGAAGACGGCGCAGCACCUGGGGAAGGGGCUGAAGCUGGUACCCCUGGAGGCGGCGGUGGUGGAGGCGGCCCGGCCGAGGAGGAGACCCAGCCAGAAGCCCUACGUGCUAGCUCAGCGCUACGUGGACCGCCCGCUGCUUGUGGGCGGCCGCAAGUUUGGCAUCCGCGUGUGGGUGGCGGUCACGGGCUUCAACCCGCUGCGGGCCUACCUGCACGCGAAUGGACUGGUGCUGUUCAGCACGCACGGGUACGACAGCAGCAGCUGGCGUACGGAGGCGGGUGACGUGGCACUCGGCCACGUCACCAACUAUGCGCAGAAUAUGGACGGCACGGUUUGGAACCUGCGGCAGCUGGAGGAGCACAUGGGGGAGGAGGCGUACGGCAAGAUGUGGGGGCUGAUACGGCGGAACAGCGCGCUGGUGAUCGCGGCGGCGUUGAAACACAUCAAGGCGGACCAUGAGACCUUGAAGGCCUCAAGCGGCAUGACGUGCGAGGUUGUGGGUCUGGACUACCUGAUUGACACGGAGCUGCACCCCUGGCUGCUGGAGGUGAACGGAACGCCGUCGCUGCAGGUGGAGCACGAGGACCCCCACGUGGAGGAGCUCAUCCACGACCAAAAGUACGGCAUGGUGCAGGACCUGAUGACCCUGCUGGGCAUCCGCGGCUGCAGCCAACGCGGCUGCCGCUGUGUCUCGGAAGCUGCGCGAGCAGAUGCAGCCCACCACGGAUGCGGGCGUCCUGGCCCGAGUGGCUCUGGAGCUUAACAACCGGGGCGGGUUCGAGCCGUUGAUGCCGCUCAUGCCGUUGGAAGAGCAGCCGGGGCUGAGUGUCCCAUGGGACGAUCGGGACUUUGAGCUGCGGCGGUUGAUGGAGAGUGG